AUGUCUCCGGCAGCCGUCGGCAGUAGUGCCGCUGCAAGUGUACGCAUAAGGAGAGGUGGAUGGAGCAAGGAGGAAGAUAGCUUGCUCAGGAACUGCGUGGAGACGUAUGGGGAGGGGAACUGGCACCUUGUUCCCCACAGAUCAGGCCUGAAAAGGUGUCGGAAAAGUUGCAGACUCAGAUGGCUGAACUACCUAAGUCCAAACAUCAAGCGCGGUCACUUUUCAACAGAUGAAGUGGACCUUAUCAUCAGAAUGCAUCGGCUAUUGGGAAACAGAUGGACGCUGAUUGCUGGAAGAAUGCCUGGGAGGACGGCCAACGACGUCAAGAACUACUGGAACUCCCACUUGGCUAAAACGUUUUCGGCCAAUCCUACAGCUACAAGAGAGAUCCCAGCAACACCUCCUCGCGUCGUCGUCCACAGGCCGAAGGCUCACAGAGUCUCCACGAGACAGCGUGAGUUGCUGGGCCAGAUCUGUCCACGAAGGGAACCCAAUCUCAACCCUCCGGCCAGCUCUUCGCAGCCGCUGGACAUUGAGAAGACGCCACAACAAUUUCCUGCGCCGAAUCCAUCAAGCUCCGAUCUGCCAUCGCUGCCUGGAGAUCUGGACCUAGGGGAGUUUGCACCAGGAGGAGAUUUCUUCCUUAAUGAUGCUGAAUUUGAUGACUUAUUCUGCGAUCCAUUUUUUUGGGAUUGGCUGAAGGAUGACGAUGGUCCUUCACUAUUAGAUUAA